GCAAAAAGUGAAAAAGUAAAAAAAACUGAAAACCUAAUUCACAUUUCGAAGCUCCACACUCCCUACCACUCCUAGCUCGCCAGCGUCAGUUGAAUUGAACCCAAUUGACGAAGAAAACCCAACGAAGAAAGGUGCUGAAGACCAACACCUUCACGGGAGCAAACGUAUUCAUGUCCCGUAACCUCGUCCCGUCGGAGAACUUUGACGCACUCCUCGGCGUUCUCAAGCUCAACGGCGCCGACGUCUUCCCCAUGUUGCCAUCCUUCCGGGAACGAUCCCAAUGACUACCACGUCAUAUCUUCUCCCGAUCAAGAGAAGUUCGAGGAUCUUACAGCCAAGGGGUGUAAUCUGUUAGGCCCGCGUUGUAUUCUUUCCUGCGCUGAAGAACAUAAACCAUUACCUAAGCAAGGUUCAUAUUGUUUCCCUGACUACUUGCACUGUCUGAAAGGUGACAAAUUCUUAGUUUCGGCCAACUGGGGUCGUAUUGACAUUGUUGCUCAGAAAUGGUUUGAUCAGUCCAAUGCUAAAAGAGGAUGGUUCUGCACCUUCAAGUGGGAGUUUCCAGAGUUUGAUGGCCUCAGUUCUCAGGCAGAAGAGUUUACCAGACAGUUGGCAUCUGGGAAAUCCUCAGCUGCUGUUGAACCAAAUUCAGCUGUUUGUCAAUCCACUAGUUUUUGCAGAUUCAUAUGUGGAAGCAACUCUCUCACAGAAUAUACUUAUCGAUCCUUCCAUCUAUAUCAAAGAAGACAAAAACCUAGGAUACCACUGCCCACUGGUUUACCAAAUUCAGCUUUAGCAAUUCCACGGUCACUUAUUUUCUUAGAACAAUGUGGCUUGAAGAUUGUGUGAUAGAGAAAAGAGAGGAAUUCAUGGUCGAGUACUACAUAUUUUAUCCAAAUUACUUGUUCCUAAAGGAUGGUAUGUGUGAUUAAUAUGAAGGCAGCAAUGUGGAGACUCCAACAAGCUUGCUGGGAAUAGGUGGAAUUACGGAUAGACUCUAUCUAUCUCUGUGGCAGCAAUUCCAGGUUUUCAAAGACAGCAGAUCUGUGGCAGUACUCUUUUCUUAACCCACCUUUGAUACAAACAAAAAGCUGUUUGAGUGAGCGAAGCUUCAGAAUCAGAAUGGCU